CGGAAGUUGUUCAGCGACACGCUGAAGAGCAGACAGCCGACUAACAACAAACAACAAGGACUCUCCGCAGCAUCCAGCCGCCUGCCCCAGCCGGUCAUCCACUGUCUGGCUGAGGAAAGGCCAGUGAACCGCGAGGAUCUCACCGGACGUUGUCCCGCUUCCAUGAACGCACCUUGUUACCAGCUAAUGUUAAUGAGUUAAUUCACGUUCCGCGUUUGUUUUCGUUUCACGUCCUCUCACGAUGACGAGUUACAAGGCGUUUCAUUCUCAGUUGACAUCCAUCAUGGAGGCGCUGACCAAAGCGGCGGUGGCGGAGAUCUGCGAGCUGGUGGACGACAGCUACGCCGUGUUGCAGCUGGAGAUCACCCGGAGCCACAAGGAGAACGAGGCGCUGAGGAGAAAGCUGGAGCUCAUUGAGACCAUCAUCGCCCGGGGACACCGGGGGAGCGUCGCGAUGUUGGAUCACGGUGGGCAGGAGGCGGCCGGCGGGGGGCUGAUGGAUUUCAGUGUCGAACGCGCCUUGCCGAGCGGAGUGGGGGUCAGUCACCCUAAAGCGAACCUGAGAAGAGGUGUUCGGGUCCCUGUGGUGGAGGCGACGGCAGCGCUGACCCCUGCAAGCAAUCAGGAUUCCUCAGCUGCAGAGGAGCCCAAUAACCAGGAUGUUGUUUUGAUAAAGGAGGAAGCUGAGAAAGAGGAGGGGAACAGCAGCGACGCCACAGAGGAGCUGCUUCUCAACGAAGACGGGGCGGAGCUGCAGCUGUCCGAUGCAGACGACAGCGAAGAAGGACCCUCUGGGGUGUCGGCCUCCACCUCAGCGGCUGACAGGAGGCCAUGGGAUCAGAACGGCACCGGGCUGUCAGAGCCAGUUGAACACCAAGACUCCCACAGUGUGCUGGGCUCUCCGGGGUCCCCGGGCCCUGCGGGGGGCUCCCAGAGCAACUCUUCAGACGUCAUGUUUGACUUGGCCUCAGAAUCGGACUGUGAAGCUCCACCCGCACUCCAGACGAGGAAGCCUUUCCUCCUCAGGUCAGGAGGAAACCCCGCCUCCCUGCCCAGGACCUCGGAGCUGAAGAGGGGCGUGUCUCUGAUCAGCUCCCUCCCCUUCGACUCAGAUCUGGAUCUGUGCUCCACGUGGACCAACCAGGGGCUGCCAAGCAUGGUGCCCGUCGCUCACCGGCCGACGCUCCUGGACAAAGUGUCGGACCUGAACGCUGCGGGCCUCCCCUUAGCGCUCGGCCUCAGCGGAUCCAGACUGGACCCGCUGGACCUGAACAGGUACUGCAGGGACAGGCGGUUCGUCUGCAGCUACUGCGGGAAAUGCUUCACGUCGUCCCGAAGUCUGGAGACACACGUGCGUGUUCACACGGGCGAGCGGCCGUACAGCUGCGCUCAGUGCGGGAAGCGCUUCACGCAGUCGGGACACCUGAAGACGCAUCAGAGCGUCCACACCGGAGAGCGGCCCUUCGCCUGCGAGCACUGUGGGAAAAGAUUCGCCGGGAAGCAGAACCUGAGGAUCCAUCAGCAGAAACACCACCCGGCUGAGCAGGGCGCUGCUGCUGUUUAACUCUGACAAACCCUGUCAGAGGUGGAGGUCUAAACUGUGACAGACCGAACCGCACUGCUGGUUCUGAACUCGUUUAACGAGAUCUCACAGCUGAGGGCCUUUUAGUAUGUUUGAGAAUGAGUGCUUUUUCAUUGAAAACUGAUCAAUAAGUAUGACUGUUUUCAUUUUAUCAGGCCUUAUGUGUUUCCAGCCAUCAGAACUGCCUUGGUAGGUGACUGGGACUGUGACCUGAUCCAGAUCGAUUCUUACCUCAAAACAACACGGACCAUUUUGGGUCCACCUCAGUACUUUGUGGUCAAGCGACAGCUGCCUGCUGCAAACGAUUCCCAUAGAGGCAACACCUGUAAUCAGCAUGUGAAUGUUUACUGGUUGGUGUAAAUCUGCCAUUAAAAGUUUGUUGCAUUCAGCGUGUGCUUUAAUGUUAUAGAAUGACAGAAACAAACACAACUUUACACGUGCGAAAAGAAAAGUCCGUAGAGACUGAACGUGUUUGGAGUCAAACACGAGUUCACAUUACGGCUGGAGGCUUCGAGCUUUUCAUCUGCCCAAUAUGUCAGGAAACACCUUGAGGGGUAAAUUUGGCACGUGGAUGACUGCGCUGGCAACAUGGAGGAGUCAGUUUGGCAAAGCUUCUCAUUAGUUUGUGUUAAAUGCUGUCUAUUUGGAGACACUAACUCUUUCAUCCAUUCUGAGAGCUUCAGUCAGUUUGGUGUCUGCAGCUCAGUGUGGUUAAUGUUCUCUUGGAGUCAUGAUUAGAGAGGGGCCUUAGGUUCAGGGGUAUCUGCCAUAUGGGAAGACCCACGCUGGAGACCAACUUACAUAAGCAGGUGGUUGGAGAUGAUUCGGCAGUGUGAUUCUAUUGGUCUGGAUCCACUCACAUGCAUGUAAUUGAUGCUGGGUUGCUUUGUAAUAAACUUUUAUACAAGCAA